GUAAUUUCUAUCAGGCAGUUAAGGCGUCAAUUUACUGUUCGGGGGAUCCGGAUGGAGGAAAAGCCCUGGCGAAUUUUCGUAGGUGGUCCAUACUCAUCCUGGAUUCUGUAGACCCACAAUGAGGCAUCCCGAUGGUGACGGUCGAAACCAGAUAUAUUCGGGACAAGCCACCUAUAAAAAUUCUUCAGUGUUUCACCUGGAUUUGUUUCCUGAUUCUCAGAGCGACAGGUUGAUGCUUUAACUACUUUGGCUGUCGACUUAUUGCACACCCAUUUAAAAAUGUGUAGAGAAAUUUAUAUUUGCACAUAAGAUAAUGCCUUGUUAAAGAAAAAUAAUAAUACUAUACUACAUACUGCAAUCAGAAAUGUUGGAAAUAUACAGUAUAUUGAGAAUUGGUAGAAUGGCUAUCUGCAUUCAGUUCAGCCACUUACGUGUAAUUAGUGCCCACCAAAAAGUGUGCACGAUUUGGACAUUAUUUUUAAUAUUGGUUUCUGGCAUAAUUUUAAAUAGUGAUGUAAAUCGAUCAAGAGAAAAUCCGCAUGCUGAGGAUUGCUCUUGAUCGGCUAGAAGAAUAGAAGGAGACAUGUGAAAGUUGACACAAGGAUCUGAUCUCUUUCGGCUGUUUCGUGUUUUUACAUUUUUAAAACAUUUUUAUACUAUCUUUAUCACAGCUAAUUUUACUGUUUUACUUUUUAUGAAUAUCAUUACUGCGAUCCUAACAAGAGAAAUUGUGGCCAUCAUUAAUUUAGUUUCUGAAUGUAACUUUAAUGUGUUGAUGUCCGAAAUUCCGGUUGGCGAAUUUUUGGCUAUUUUCUCAAUCUUUCGUCACUGUAAAGAUCUGGCAACAGAAGGUUUUGUUUAAAAAAUAAAAAUAUUGUGAGGACAUCAUGUCGAAUGCUACAAUUCCUAGUGAUUUCUUAAGAAGUGUUCUUCAAAAUGGAGUUGGUAGAUAUGUCUGUCAGUUAAAGCGAGUAACUUUAAAGUUCUGUAAAAGUCACGGCGGUAGUAAAGGUGUUAGAGAGUUCAUAGAAACAGAAUUGAUUGACUUUGCACGCCAGAAUCCCGGGACCGUAGUUUACCUUCAACCGAGGAGGCAUCGAGGACCCGUUAUAAGUGCCGAGUAUUUAAAUGGUAAUAAAGACUGGUUAUAUUGUCAAAACUACACCCGAGACGAAGUUAGAAAAUGGCUGGAAUAUAUGAAAAACAAAUCUGGCUUACCCAUUGUGCGAAUAAGGAAAUACCAUCAUACAGAUAGUCCGAGCAUUCAAGGUGUAUGGCAUCCCUUCAUUCAUAAACCUACACAUCUUAAUUUAGCUAAAUUUCCUUGCCCGGAACGGAGUGAACAUUAUACUCCAGCCCUCUCUGCUACUGAACAAUUGUUGCAAAUUGCCAAGGCUGAGAAAAAUGUUUAUGUAGAUGAUGAAGAUGUUGAUUAAGUUAACUUCAUAAUUAACUGGAGUUACAAAAUAGAAACUCUAAAAAGAAAUUAAAUUCAAAAAGUUGGACUUUUUGAGUUUAAAGUAUAAAGAAAAAUAUUAGCAAGCUGUUAAAAU